AGAAUGCUCUAAUAGUAAAUUCGUAACUUCUACUGUAACCAUGAUAUUGUAUUUACCUUAUUAGUGCAUUGGUAUUGUACAUCUAGGAUAUAGAUGUUAUAGAGAAUUUUUCGUUGUGAUAUCACGGCCUUGUAUCGUUACCAGAAUGAUGAAAUUCAAACAUUAGCGUUUAUUUUGUAUACGAUAUAACCAACGACGAGACGCUCGUUCGGACGUUACUAUAAUUUGCAUUAAAAACGCAGGGACACAAACGAUUGUAUAGUUAAUAAUAUCGAUUAUUAAUGAUUACUGUGAAGAGUAACGUACCUAAGAUAAAUAAUAAACAAAUUGGUUUCUUUAUUUAUUAAAAUCUCCGCUGGUGUUUAUUCGUACCUUUGAAUAGUAUAUUAUAAAAGUAUGUUACUGUUACGUUAUUUGAAAUAUAAGAGUCAUUAGGACACCUUAGAAUGGUAAUCUUUGGAUAAAUUGAUGUUUUACUAUGCGAGGUAGAACUAUAUGUACGAAACGUUAAUAUAUGUUGGACUUAAGGGUGCCCCAACCGUGGAUUACGGCACUGACGUGUCAAGAAAUGUCUCGUGGACGGCAUCGAUCGAGGCUUGCGCGUUCCAGGGAUGCUGGCCAUAUUCUUCUGAUCUCACAACCCCUGUAACACGCCAACCCCCUCAGUCUAUGUCGCGAUUAAGGGCUCGCGAUCAGGGACUCGACGAUCGCGGGUAGACCGUAGACGACCAUGCGGUGUCGUAGCCCACGUAGUUAGACGGUCUCGACCCUUUAUUUUCAAAUAUUUCCGUUCUCCAGGACUGCCGGGGUCUUUUGUUAAUUUAACCGUCGUUCUGCGCCCGAUUAAACGAGACGGGACUCGCGCUCGAGGUUGCGCCCUAACACCGUGUCGUCCAACGUCCGUGCACUCGACGAAUUCUGUUCUCCGUUUCGAAGCAACGAAUUAAGAAAUGGCCAAUUUCCGGGGAUACUAUAUACCAUCCUUGGGAGCAACGAUGAACGUUGCUUGGGAAACACUGAAGGCCAAGUGGCCAGAGAACAGCCCCUGCAUGGAGCUUAUUCGCGGCAGUGGUACGGGACAACGCCAGGCACCUGGACACAGCGGCCAACAACAGUUCAAGUCCUUCGACGAAGGUCACGAUAACACGGAGAUGAUGACUAUGAACGGGGAACAAGUUUAUCGGGAUCAGAACGACGUGGCCAUCGCCGAGGACUCUUUCAGCUACCAACGAAAUGGGGACAAAGUACGGACAGGAAGCGUCAGCAGCGGCGAGUUCAGCGAGUACGACGAGGGUGGCGGCGAGUUUGCGACGGGUGUGAAAAUUAACGAAUGGCAAGCUGCUUGGAACGUCACGAAUGCCAUACAGGGAAUGUUCAUCGUCUCGUUGCCGUUCGCCGUGUUGCAAGGCGGUUACUGGGCCAUCGCGGCGAUGAUCGGCGUAGCCAACAUCUGCUGUUACACCGGGAAGAUCCUUGUCGAGUGUCUGUACGAGCUGGACACCGUGACGGGUCAACGCGUGAGAGUACGGGAUUCGUACGUGGCGAUCGCUAAGGAAUGCUUCGGGCCCACGUGGGGCGCCAGGGCGGUGAACGUCGCCCAGAUUAUCGAGCUGCUGAUGACCUGUAUCCUCUAUGUGGUGCUCUGUGGCGAUCUGAUGAUCGGGACGUUCCCCGAGGGCGCGAUCGACACCAGAAGCUGGAUGAUGCUAAUCGGGAUAUUUCUGCUGCCGCUUGGUUUUCUAAAAUCCUUACAGCACGUCUCCGUGCUCAGCUUCUGGUGCACGAUGUCCCACUUGUUUAUAAAUGCGAUCAUCGUCGGCUAUUGCAUCCUGGAGAUCGGCGACUGGGGCUGGUCCAAGGUGAAGUGGACCCUCGACUUCGAACACUUCCCGAUUUCCCUGGGCGUGAUCGUCUUCAGCUACACCUCGCAGAUAUUCCUGCCCACUUUGGAGGGGAACCUGAUCGAUCGGUCCCAGUUCGACUGGAUGUUAAAUUGGAGCCACAUCGCCGCGGCAGCAUUCAAGUCCCUCUUCGGUUGGAUCUGUUUCCUGACGUUCCAGUACGACACGCAGCAAGUAAUCACCAACAAUCUGCAUUCGGCCGGCUUCAAAGGCCUGGUGAACUUCUGUCUGGUCGUGAAAGCCGUCUUGUCCUACCCUUUGCCGUACUACGCGGCCUGCGAGCUCCUCGAGAGGACGUUCUUCAGGGGCAGACCGAAGACCAUCUUCCCAACGAUAUGGACCGUGGACCGCGAGCUCAAAGUCUGGGGCCUCGCAUGGAGAGUAGGCGUAAUCGUCUUCACUAUUCUCAUGGCAAUUUUCAUACCCCAUUUCAGUACUCUAAUGGGCUUUAUAGGCUCGUUUACUGGAACGAUGUUGUCGUUUAUAUGGCCUUGUUACUUCCAUUUGAAGCUGAAGAGAAACUCCAUGGAGUGGGGCGCGGUUGCGUACGAUUGUUUCGUUAUUUUUCUGGGGGUGCUUUUCGGCGUGAUCGGAGUGUACGAUUCGGGCACCGAGCUGAUCAACGCCUUCAAGAUCGGUCUACCUUUCUAAACGACUUGACGCGAUGCGGCUCUUUCGAUUUUCGUUUGCCUCUCUCGUCGAAAAUGGUAUCAUGUUCGGACACGCGCGCAGCUCGACUACUUUUUUCCAUUUACGUUGAUCUUUCGCGAACGAAACCGUUCAAACUUUGCCACGAGAUGUCUACUACGAAAAUCUUUAUCUAGACGUUAAGUUUGUUCCAGCGAUAUACCUAGUUGAAAACGUGGGCUACGCGAAUGUUGGAACAUUUCGAGAUUGUAUAUUUACAUUCAACCAGAACUCACACAUAUCUAGCAGAACGGUCUAUUUAAGGGGGGGUGAGAGGGAUCGUAGGAGGAUAAUCUACUCGCGAGCAUUUCUGCUUCGGGAUUGUCGCGCGUCUUCGUUUUUUCGAAAGUUUUGACAAUGAUCGUCGACAUCAGGGGCUUCCAUAGGUAAACAACUAGACUUAGCGCGCAGUUAACGUGACAAUAUCUUGCUAGUUUUAAGUUGUAUCGAUGUCUUCCACACGGUGAAUAUUGUACGUACGAGUUUAACUGCUGUUACACGAGUUUCGGGAUUUUAUAAUCGCAUUGCGGAUCUUGUAAUUUCUAUCUGUCGUGGACAUAGUGACAGAGCGGGAGAAGCUGAUUUGCUUUCAGGAGAAACCCUGAACAGCGUGGAUGUAAUCAGUUCUGUACGGGCGAGUACAAUUAGUUGUAUAAUCCAACGUCUUCCGAGGCCUCUACAGGUCGCAUAGAUCACACGUUAGUUUAACCAAUAUGAUCGUAGCAAAUUUAGUAGUUUGGUGAGACCUGCGAGAUGUUCUUGUUACUUAUUCUAUAUAGGUUGUCAAUUUUCCGGUUGUCAACAAUUAGACGCUGAGACGGUGCCCCUGGUAGAAGGCAACCGGAGAUACAGUUCGACUGGCCGAUUGCCAGCUAUCAGGCCCCUGGUAAGCGGCAACCGGAGCUACAAGUUGUCGGCGAGUUGGCAUGUAUUAGGUGCAGAGAAGGUGCCCCUAGUAGAAGGCAACCGGAGCUACAAUUGGACUGGCGGGUUGCCAUCUAUCAGGCGCAAGAGGUGUCCCUGGUAAGAGGCAACCGGAACUACUUAUGGGCCUCCGGAACAUUCGUUUUGUUUAUUCUAUUAAUUAUUUAUUUCCCCUCCGGCAACAAAAGCGAAAAUUAAUAUUGCCAUUUUAUUCGAACGCAUAACAGUCUGUUUCUAAUAAAAGUAUAUAUUUAUAAAUAAGGGUGAAAAGGAUAUUAAGAACAUCUCGCAGUCGCUGAAACGUGUUAUUUAAUUGAGGUACGAUAAUGUUUACGAAACGAGUCUUCCAAUGAUGUCUUCCAGAACAAUAAUACUAAUUAACGUAACGCGAUCUAUUGAUCGACGAAAAUCUUUGUCAAUAAUAUUAAACGUUAUACAUAUACAUAAAUAUAUAUAUACACAUAUAUAUUGAGAGUUAUAGGGGUUAAGCGUUAAUUGUUAAGGCUAUGAUCAAAUUUAACGUGUAAGUAAAAUCGUCGCUAAUCAUCGUUUCAACCAGUUUAUCUUUUGUCAUGGAAAUCGUUUCCUCCUUGGAUAACAUCAAGGUAGACGAAUGAUUACAUGUAACGUAAUAUUGCCUUGUCAUUUAUAAAAGAUCGACAUCACGUACAACAAUAAUCGUUUAUUCGAGACGUACAAUUCGAAUUUUAAUUCCAAUCGUCGACCAAAGGAACAAGCGAUGGACAAAGUCAGACACACUUGCGCGUGUAUAGAAUCCAAACUGCAAUAAUAUCGGAGAAAAGAAAUAACACAGAGUGUCUGGCCGAAGUUCUGUAUAGUCUUUGGACACUCGCAAACUUUGUUUUUGAAUUCGUGUCGUCGGUAGCUGAUAAUUGUAUAAAAAUGUGUGAGAGAGGUAAUUACCGUCACCGUUACAUAAAUCACGUUCAUUUGCGCGAUUUUUUCAUUGUUCAGAAACACGUCUGUCUCGAAGGAGAGAUCACGUGGCUCUCGUGACGGUUCGAGAAAAAAAAAAGAAACCUCAUUAAUGUGUCGUAGUUGAAUAUGCAUCGUAUAGGCGUUACAGAACGAUGUAAAAUGGGCUUCCAAAUAUACAUACAUAUAUGUAUAUAUAAAUAUAUAUAUAAAUUAUGAAAGACGAAAAUACAUUAUCAAAAUUUUA